AUGCAGAACGAGCCCGAGAGCCUGGAAGAGGUGCCGGUGUGGCGUGGCGUGCACAGCAGGGAGCUCAGCCUGGUCCCGGUCGCCAUCUUCAGGGACCCCUUCAUUCGGGGCCCGCACAAAAUGGUUCUGUGCGACGCCAGGAACCGGGACGGGACCCCAGCAACCGGGAGCAGGAGGGAGGAGUGUCUGCGGGUUAUGGAGGCUGUGAAGGAUCAAAAACCCUGGUUUGGGUUUGAACAGGAGUUUGUGCUGAAGACUCUGGAGGGACUGCCCUUCGGCUGGUCCAGCGCCACAGCGCCCCCUGCAGGGGCCUCGGCGCAGGUGGGACUAGAGCGAGUGUUCGGUCGUGACAUCAGCCUCAGUCACUACAACGCCUGUGUCUACGCCGGGAUAAAGAUGGCGGGAGCGGCGGGCGAGGCCAUGCCAGCACAGUGGGAGUUCCAGGUGGGCCCCUCUGAAGGCAUCGCUCUGGGGGACCACGCCUGGAUGGCUCGUUACAUUCUCCUCAGAGUGUGUGAGGACUUCGGGCUCGUUCCAAUCUUCAGUGCAAAACCUGUGGAGGGCUCUCGCUGGGCCAACGGGGGUCACAUGAACUUCAGCACCGAGAGCAUGAGGGAGGAGGGAGGCCUGAGGUGUAUCCACGAGGCCAUCGAGCGCCUGUCCCAGCGCCACACGCAGCACAUGGCGCUGUACGGAGGACCCGAGAACCAGCAGCGCCUCAACACCAUCGGCAUCAACUCCGACUUCAACACCUUCUCCUGGGCCACGGCCAACCGCAAAAGCAGCGUGCGUGUCCCGGGACAUGUGAGCCAGCGGGGGCAGGGCUACCUCGAGGACCGCCGACCAGCCGCGGACUGUGACCCGUACCUGGUCUGUAAGGCCCUGGUCCAGACCUGCUGUCCCGUACCUGGACUGUACGGUCCUGGUCCAGACCUGCUGCAGCCCCGGAGCCAGGACCUGAUCUCCUCGGUCUGA